AUGAAAGGACAGCGUGCUACUUCCAGUCUGAGGAAAACAUAAGUAAAGCCUACAUUUACUGUAAUAUCUAUAAAAGUACAGAGCGGGCGUUAUUCCAUUUUCCAGAGACGACUUUUAGGACUGCACUGGGAAGAUGUCUUUGGUUUGUGCAAUCUCCAACGAGGUCCCAGAGCACCCGUGCGUCUCUCCGGUGUCAAACCAGGUGUUUGAGCGCCGGCUGAUUGAGAAGUACAUAGCUGAGAAUGGGACGGACCCGAUGAAUGGACAACCUCUGUCGGAGGAGCAGCUCGUAGAUAUUAAAGUGUCACAUCCUAUUAGACCAAAGGCGCCAUCAGCAACAAGCAUUCCUGCCAUCCUCAAGUCUCUCCAAGAUGAGUGGGAUGCUGUUAUGCUUCACAGCUUCACCCUGAGGCAGCAGCUGCAGACAACUCGCCAAGAGCUGUCCCAUGCCCUCUACCAACAUGAUGCCGCCUGCAGAGUCAUCGCUCGACUCACCAAAGAGGUCACUGCUGCAAGAGAAGCUCUUGCCACACUCAAACCCCAGGCUGGAUUGGUUGCCCCUCAGACAGCCCCCGCCUCUCAGCCAGCUGCAGCAGGUGCUGGUGGAGAACCUAUGGAGAUUAGUGAACAGGUGGGAAUGACCCCAGAGAUCAUCCAGAAGCUUCAAGACAAAGCCACCAUCCUCACCACAGAGAGAAAGAAGAGAGGAAAAACUGUGCCAGAGGAGCUGGUUAGAGCUGAGGAUCUCAGCAAAUACCGCCAAGUGGCCUCCCAUGCUGGUCUUCAUAGUGCCAGUGUACCUGGUAUUCUGUCUCUGGAUCUGUGUCCUUCAGACACCAACAAAGUGCUCACCGGUGGAGCUGAUAAGAACGUGGUUGUGUUUGACAAGAAUGAGGAGCAGAUUGUUGCAACACUUAAGGGUCACACCAAGAAGGUCACCUCUGUCAUUUACCAUCCAUCCCAGUCGGUGGUCUUCUCUGCGUCUCCAGACACCACCAUCCGUGUGUGGUCCGUCACCGGGGGCAACUGUGUCCAGGUGGUGCGUGCCCAUGAGGCAGGUGUCACUGGACUGUCCCUGCAUGCUACUGGGGACUACCUGCUCAGCUCCUCUGAGGAUCAGUACUGGGCCUUUUCUGACAUCCAAACUGGUAAAGUCCUCACCAAAGUCACUGAUGAGAGCGCUGGCUGUGCUCUCACCUGUGCUCAGUUCCACCCUGAUGGUCUCAUCUUUGGUACCGGAACGGCUGACUCCCAAAUCAAGAUCUGGGAUCUGAAGGAGCGCACCAACGUGGCCAACUUCCCCGGCCACUCUGGCCCCGUCACCUCCAUUGCGUUCUCUGAGAACGGAUACUAUCUGGCUACAGGUGCCCAGGAUAGCUCUCUGAAACUGUGGGAUCUGAGGAAACUGAAGAACUUCAAGACCAUCACCCUGGACAACAACUAUGAGGUGAAGUCCCUCGUGUUUGACCAGAGCGGUACCUACUUGGCUGUAGGAGGGUCUGACAUCCGUGUCUACAUCUGCAAACAGUGGUCUGAGGUCCUCAACUUCACCGACCACACAGGAUUGGUGACUGGCGUGGCUUUCGGAGAGAACGCUCAGUUCUUGACCUCUGCAGGAAUGGACAGAAGUCUCAAAUUCUACAGUUUGUAGAAAAGCAUAACUUCAUGAUGGCAGGAAGAGGAUAAAAAUGGUCUCUGUGUCUGAGCGGUCACUGUCCUGGACACAGACCUAGCACAGACCUAUAAUUUUUAGAUAAGAAAAGGAAGAAAAAAAAAUCACGGCUAACUUUGCUUCAUUAGUGUUUUAGUCCUCAUGUCCAGGAAAGAGAUCCCAUAAAAUCUAUUUGAAACCACAACAGCAUGGUUAGGAUAACAUGUUUGUUGGCGUUGAGUCUGAAAUCUUAAUGAUGUGAAAUGCCCACGUACCGUUCAUGUCUGAUUUGCCAGCAGUUAUGAUUUUACUGUAGUCAUUUUCUUUUGUUGUGUGUGUGUGGGGGGGGGGGGGGGGGGUCAUAAGUUGCUUCUUAUACAACUUAAAUGUUGUACACUGUUGGAGAACUGUAAGUGGUGUGACACCCGUCUCCUUUGCUUCCUAAUGCAGACAGUUUCAUUACAGAAUCUUUCAGAUGGAGAUACAUCUGUAAUGAUGUACAGCUGAGCAGAAGUUGAACAGGUGUUUGAAAUUCAUGUUCCUCUGUGAAAAAUUAAGUCUGGUUUAACCUCCCCUCAGUUUCAUUUCCUAUUUCAUUUGUUCCAUUUAAACUUUUGUCUAUUUUCCAAUUGUAUAUUUCUCAUUAUUUGCUAUUGUACCUGUUGCCACUCUGCCCUUUUACAAUAAAAUAAAAUAUCUUUUGUA